AUGAACGAAGAACUGUGUGCAACUUUCUCAGUCCCACCCACAGUCGCUGGGGCCAGGUGUGGUGGUGUCCACCUGCAGGCACCGGGAUCACAUGAAGGGCGCCACCUCCUUCUCCCUGAAGGCCAGGUCCUCGGCACAGCCAUGCUUCAGCACCAGCCGCCGCACCUCGUCGCCGUUGACGGUGUUCUUCUCCAUCAGCAGGUCCGCCACCCUGCGCAGAGGAUUUUUUUGUGUAUUAUGGGGGGGGAUGGGUGUGGAUGA